GAAAAGUUUAGUGGAAACCAGUGGAAAAGACACUGUGAGAGGACCUAACACCGAACCACCACAAUGAGAUUGCUUAGAUCCACAGCACUAUUGCUAGUGCUGUCAGCCGUUGCUGUCAUUGGUGCUGAUGAAUGGGGCUGGCUGCCGCUGGAGGAAGGACUGCAGGGCGAGGAUAAAGUGCGUGAGAAGCGACAAGACAUCGGUGUACUACCGGCAGCCCAGCAGAACGUCACCGAGGUCGGUGAUGAGGACAUCCUGAACUUUAUCCUGGACAGCGGUCGCCAAGGGCGCAGCCUCGAAGGAUUCGACGAGGUGUACAGUGAUCCGUCGGUGCAGGACGCACUGCAAAAUGCUGAUGACGCUCAGGCACGUAACAUCAUCAAGGACAAGCUGUGCUCGCUCGGUUUGAUGCAAUGCGAGGGUGGCGAAUCGAUUGAAGGCAAACGACCGUACUAUCCGAUUUACGCCCAGCAGCAACCACCCCGUCCCAGGCCACCGGUGCGAGGUCCUCCACUUCCUCCGCAACAGUACGCCCAACGUCCACCGCUACCACCACAGCAAGCCCUUCCACCGAAACCCCAGCACCAGGGUCCUUACGGACCACCGAAACCAAUGCCGGUGCCAAACCAAGCACAACACAAGAUCGGCUACGCUGGAUAUCAACAGCGUCCACCCUUCAAUGGACCUCCGAACUCGUUCGGUGGCCCAAGCUACGCCUCUGCCUAUCCUUCCAAGCCGCUCGGACCGAUCUACGAAGGAGAUGCACCGCCGUUUGAUUUUGAACCGAUCGGUGCCGGAGAUAAGGUUUACGAGGGUUCACUAUCGAAGCCGGGAAUUGUACUCAACGAUGGACCGCUGGUAAAGCCAGUGGAGCAGCACAUCCACCAUCACUACCAUCAUAUCGAUGGAGCAGCUGAUACGAAAACGGUCGUCGUGAACAAUCCCGUACCGGUGUCUGCCUCGAUUUUGAGUGGUUCUGCUGUUGUUGGUGGAUCCAGCUCGUCCGGGUUCAAUGCCGCCAGCAGCAAUGGAGUGUACUCUGCUGGAGGUGUUUACGGCUCGCAAGGACUGUCUGGCAACAGUUUCUCACCUCUGGCCGGGUCCGAUUUUGAUUACAAAGAACUGAAGGGCGUUAACAAUAACAAUGGUUUUGGACAGUCGGGAGUGUACGCCUCACAAUCGAAACCUGUUUUCGAGGGAUCUUCGUCCUCGUUCGGUUCGGGAAGCAGUCAGAGCGGUUUGUACAACCAGGGUCCAGCUCAGUUUGGUAGUAAUUCGCUGUACAGUGGGGAGACUUCCGGUACCUAUCAGGGUGGUAAUGCUGGAGGUUUCCAUUCCACCAAUCCAACUCUUUACAAGAAAGAAUUGACCGUAAAAGGGCCAGCCGCUUCCAACGGUCUGGGAACGUAUGCCGGCAAUAGCCAGUACAGCAAGUAUAGCCAGUACAACAACGGCCAGUUUGGAUCUAAUGGAGGACAGUUUGGGUCGAAUGGAGGACAAUUCGCAUCAAAUGGAGGACAGUUUGGAUCAAAUGGAGGACAGUUUGCAUCGAACGGUGGACAAUUCGGUUCGACCACUGGACAGUACAGCCAAUUCGCCAACGGAAACGGUAUUGAGGAUUGUGUGUGCGUGCCGUACGAUCAGUGCCCGGCUCAGGAUGUGAUUGGUCGCAAGGACGAUCUGAUUCUUCCACUGGAUCCUCGGAAUCUGAAGACCGACAUUGAAGCAGCAGCUGAUGAGGUUGUCAUUACGGACGGUAACGGUACGAUGACAGUGGUGCGCGUACCAAAGAAUGCAACCACCGAACAGGACACCAAGGCCAAGAAGAUAAGCAAGCGUGAGGCAGCGGAAAAAAAAUCGGACAAGGCUACGGAUAAGGUCAACAUUGAACCGCGGUUGGGCGGCGGUGGUAGUGGUGGAGACAAGAAGGUAGUGCCUACCUUCGGUGUAUCGUUCGGUUUGCCGUACCCAUCCGGUUAUCCGCUGAACCCGUACGGUCCCCAUCCGGCACCGAAUCCCUACUUUGGAUCGCUCAGUGCGAACGGGUUGAACUUGGGGCUGGUAAACGUCAACCCGCUGGUGUCGCUCCAGGUGACGAAGGACGAGUAUGGUGAUAAGGUGCUGAAACCGCUGGUCAACUUGCACGUCACACCGACGGAAAACAUUGUCCACAAGAUAGGUGGUCUGCUGGCGGCUAAAAAGCAAAACAUCUACCACGUGUUUAAUCAACACGAGCAUUAUCAUUCGCAUCACGGUGGAUAUCCUAGACCGCCGCCAAUCUAUCAUCCCCAUCACGUACAUGGCCAUGGACCUCCACCGUUCAUUGAUGGGCCAAUCGUUUCCAGACCUCCACACUUCGGUCCCGGUGGUCAACCGGAGCUUAUCUACACCAAGCCACCCGGUCCGAUUUAUACCGGUCCGGGGCAUUUUAAUAGGCCACCUCCGUUUGUCGGGGGACAUGCACCGUUUGUUGGUGGACCACCGAUUGGUCCACACAUUGGGGGUCCAGUUGGGCCUGGAUUUGGGCCGCCGCCAUUUGGACCGAGACCUCCCUACUUCCGGGAUGCGUCCUCCGGGGUCAAACCUGGCGGCGAAGAUACCGAAUACUAUGACAAUGUUGAGUUGGGACGUAGCACAAACGUGACGUUUGCUGGUGACAGCACCAAUGCUUACCGUCCGGCUGGUAACUACAAGUACCAGUCCGUGUAUCCACAAAAUGCACCGAAAGACAUUAAUGCGAACAGAGCACAGUACGGUCGGCAGUACCAGAACUAUCAAACUGCGAACGGACAAUAUGCAGACCAAUCUAACGCUGUACGACUUCCAUCCUCCUCCGUACCGACUCAGAGCGUGCCUACGCCGGCACCAGGAUAUUCUGAGGGUAGUGACACGAUCAGCUUUCCAAGCAGUCGACGCCGUCGACGGGCAACGGAUGUCGAGGUACCGGACACGCUGGAAACCGACCAAGAAAAGGUGGCAACCGUCUUGAAGCAGGUCGAAGCGACAGGUGAUUCUGCCUCAGUGCAGGAAAAAUCUUUCUCCACAGAAAAGCGACAAGCAUACUAUGGUCCACGUCCUGGUCAGCAGCAGCAACAGCAGUGUAGCGGACGACAGGUUUGCUGUCGCCGACCGGUAUACCGUAACCCAGCGAAUCAGAAUCUGGGCAAGUGUGGUGUUAGAAACGCUCAGGGAAUUAAUGGGCGUAUCAAGAACCCUGUGUACGUCGAUGGAGACAGCGAGUUCGGUGAAUAUCCCUGGCAGGUGGCUAUCCUGAAGAAGGAUCCGAAAGAGUCCGUGUACGUCUGCGGCGGAACACUGAUUGACAAUCUGCACAUCCUCACGGCAGCUCACUGUGUGAAAACGUACAAUGGAUUCGAUCUUCGCGUACGACUUGGCGAAUGGGACGUUAAUCAUGAUGUUGAGUUCUAUCCGUACAUCGAGCGGGACGUAAUUUCGGUACAGGUUCAUCCGGAGUAUUACGCCGGUACGCUGGACAAUGAUUUGGCCAUUCUGAAGAUGGAUCGCCCAGUGGAUCUUACCGGUGCGCCACACAUCGCACCGGCCUGUCUGCCCGAUAAGCUUACCGAUUUCUCAGGACAGCGUUGCUGGACUACCGGUUGGGGUAAGGAUGCGUUUGGUGAUUAUGGCAAGUACCAGAACAUCCUCAAGGAGGUGGACGUACCAAUUGUGAACCACUAUCAGUGCCAGAACCAGCUACGCCAGACUCGGCUUGGCUACUCGUACAACCUGAACCCAGGAUUCCUUUGUGCCGGUGGAGAGGAGGGCAAGGAUGCGUGCAAGGGUGAUGGCGGCGGUCCGUUGGUAUGUGAACGGAACGGUGUCUGGCAGGUGGUUGGUGUGGUGUCUUGGGGCAUUGGUUGUGGACAAGCGAAUGUGCCCGGUGUGUACGUGAAGGUUGCCCAUUACCUUGACUGGAUCAAUCAGGUCCGCGGUCGAUUCUAG